CCAUUCAUCGUUAUCAGCUCAAAUGGUGAACAAUAAUAAUCAACUACUACCCAUAUUAUUAUCACUGACUCACACUGGCUGAUCCUCUGCCAGUCACGCGAUUCAGUUGAUCCCUAUUAAUCUUCUAGAACAGUUUUUGUGUGUCAAGCCAUCGUUUCCGAGAUGAUUCGCUUCAGAAUUUACUUUCUAGCUCUUCUAUUCAUAAUUCAUUGCUCACUUGCAACAUGUGGACCGAUUCAGAAAGUGGAACCAGCAGUGCCCAUCCGAGUGAGACGUCAGUUUUCGAUGAACUUUGGAGCUACCCAUCAACAGGACGAAGGAACGGACGUUACGGCUGAGGCGAUUGCCCGCUUAUGGCGAAGUAAAAGCGGAACCACCGAAGUGCAGGGAUCAGCUAGCUACAAUCAACAUUUCGGUGGAUUUCAGGGAGACGGUCACGACUAUCGUCUCAAACUGAAAAUAGUGUUCACCUAAUCAUGGAUUUCUCUGAGGGAACGUGAACUCGCUUUCGAUUGCCUGUUCAAUUACGCAGGACUAUAUUUACAGGGCACCGUUCUAAACAAUCAAUAAAAUGUAAUUCUUUCUCCGAC